CCCUGUGUCUUGUUGUCCGCACACACCUGAGCCGGAGGACGCGUUCUUAAAGUCAAUAUUGCAGUCCUUGGAGGAGGGUGAUCCAUUACGGAUUACAGAGAUCUUCUCGGAAUAUCUUGAAAGUCCACUCGCCAAGGUAUCUGCUCAGUACCUUGACGGCUUCUCACAAGUAUUCGAAAAAACUGAAUUUGGUCAUUUGCCUGAAUACCGCCAACGGGAUCACGCGAUCAAACUCAAACCCGGAAUGGAACCUUUAAAUAGCAAAAUUUAUCCUUUUGAGUCUCUCAGAACAAGCGGAGUUGGACAUGUCCUCGAAGAACACCUUCAUAUCGGAUGUCUCCCCCAUCGCAUCCCCCCCUUUUUUUAUUAUUAUUAAGCAGGGUGGUACUCUGUGUCCGGUGCAAAACUGUCGUAGACUUGACAAGGCCACCAUCAAAAAUAAUUAUCUACUUCUUUCUGAAGUCGUCCACAAACUACGUGGUGCGAGCUACUUCACCGAUUAUCAACUCGCCGGCGACCUUGCAAAUGAUGAUGAAUGUGCUUUUUUGCCACCUUGUUUGCCAGGGGGUAGUUAUCGUCUAUACGGACAGCGUGCUUUCCAUCUCGAACUUCCUCAAUCUUGGCGACGGAUGCGCUCCAUAUUCCACACUGCCCUUCUUCGCCCCUAUCAUUUUCCCACGUCCACGAUCCAACAACGCGCCGCCACCACCAGUUCUUCUCAGAGACCAUUAUAAGAUAGAAGUGUUAGAUGAGUGCUUUCGUUGUGGUCGUGCUGAAUAUCUUGUGAAAUGGAAUGUCUUUGUUCAUAGGGGACACGUCCGCCUUAAGAGGGGGGUGACGUGAUGAAGCUCGUCCAGCCAUCGGCUGAUCCGUCGGCUGGUCAUGUCCCCUGCCAUGAUACUUCAUACCUUGUUUGACUUUCUUACCCACGAUGUUUCGCCUCACUUUAUUACCAUAUAUAGUUUUCCCGCGUGUCGUUCAUUUCUUCCGA